AAGGUCUGUUACUAAAUCAUCAAAGAUAAACAUCUGUUGUAUAUCUGAACGAAGCUUUCCUCCUGUAGGUUCUACCUCAGGACAAAUAUGCCCGCGGCUUUGUUAAAAAUGCAAGAACAGCAUCUUGUCCUUACGGUCCCAACGAAUUUGACCAGCAUGCCUGUAAAGAAGAAAAAUGAAGGCUUGUGCAGCUGUUUUGGCACCAAAGAACCACCCGAAAUCACCUAUCACGUGGUGGAAAAUGGUGGGGUGGUAAACCUUCACCCGCACCUGCUCAGGCCUACACAACCAGUCCCGGAAGAAGAAGAGCUGAAUGUAAAGUUUGCAGAAUUGGUCGAAGAAUUAGAUCUGACAGCAGCUAAAAAGGAAAUCAUGUUCAGCUUACCACCGGAAAAGAAAUGGCAGCUUUACUUAAGCAAGAAAACGGAACAACAAGAGUCGUCAUCGGCUCAUUUUUCUGAUUAUUAUGUGGAAAGGGUGAAUUCCAUGUCAAUGCUUCUUUUUCCCAGAGACCAGGAGGAAAUUACACUUAGAGUCCAGCUUCUGGAUAAUCUGAAAACAGCAUUACGUACACAACCAAACAGCUUUGUAAUGCGUUUUUUGGAGCAAGAUGGGCUGGUAUGCUUGUUGAAUUUUCUCACGAACAUGGAAUACGACACAUCGGAGAGUGCCAUCCACACAUCUGUGAUCGGUUGCGUAAAGGCUUUGAUGAACAACUCUAGUGGAAGAUCCCACGUUCUAGCCCACCCUGAAGCAAUCAACACCAUAUCUCGGAGUCUUGCUACAGAUAACAUCAAGGCUAAAAUCGCUGUGUUGGAAAUUUUGGGGGCUGUUUGUUUGGUUCCCGGCGGUCAUCGCAAAGUUUUAGAAGCAAUGUUGUAUUUUCAGAAGUUUGCGUACGAAAGAACGAGAUUUCAGACUAUAGUGAAUGAUUUGGAUCGGAGUACUGGACUUUACAAGGAAAAAGUGGGACUAAAUACAGCUAUCAUGUCUUUCAUCAAUGCCAUUAUCAACUACGGACCCGGACAAGAUCACCUGGAGUUUCGUCUUCACCUGCGAUACGAGUUUUUGAUGCUGGGAAUUCAGCCUGUCAUUGAUAAGCUACGCACUUAUGAGAAUGGGACUCUUGAUAGGCAUCUUAAUAUAUUUGAGAUGGUCCGAAACGAUGAUGAAAAAGAACUGGCUCGUAAAUUUGAUGUGGCUCAUGUGGACACGAAAAGUGCGACAGGAGUAUUUGAAGCAUUAAAAGAAAAACUUGCUCGCACCGCCGCCUACCCACAUUUCCUGUCUUUACUGACACAUUGCCUUUUACUUCCAAUGGAUUAUGGUGCCUGGCCUCAACAUUGGCUGCUGUGUGACCGGAUUGUCCAGCAGAUAGUCCUACAGGGUGAUAAUGGAAUAGACCCAGAUGUGUCCCAUGUGGAAAUCAACGUAAACGAAAUAGUUAAGCUUUUGGCUAUAGAAGAAGAAGUCCGUUCAGCGAAAGAGAGAGCUGAAGCUUUGGAAAUAGAGAAUUAUGAGUUAUUCCUAAAAUGUUCGAAGAAGGAACAAGAAGUUGAACAACAGCUGCAAGAAAAGGAAGAUCUUCAGGCAGUUGUAAAGAAGAUGAACGUUAAACUAGAAAGAGAAACCGUUGGUCAUAUUCAGGCUUGUCAGAAGAUAGAAGAAUUAGAGUACAAAUUAGAACAAAUAUCUCAAGAGUUCGAGUCGGAGCAACAACAGCAGCGCACCCAAGUGUCGAACUUGAUUCAUAACGGAAGUCUAUCUGAUGAUACUAAAGUAGAGAUUAGUGCUUCAAAAUCUGCAGCUCCUCCUCCCCCUCCGCCACCCCCUUCAGUUGCAUCUCACAGUUUAGGUGGACCCCCUCCUCCUCCACCACUUCUUUCUUGUAGAGCUAACAAUGUUAAACCGUAUACACCAAUUAAAAAGAAUAUUCCUUUAUCAUCAAAUCCUCUGAAGUCCUUCAAUUGGUCCAAACUUCACGAGAAUAAGCUAGAAGGGACAGUGUGGAUGGAAUUGGAUGAUACAAAACUCUACAAAGAUAUUGAUUUGAAUGAAAUGGAUAAAAUGUUUUCUGCUUACCAAAAACAACAGUGUAAUGACAGCGUCGAAGAUCUAACAUCAGUGACGUCACGAAUGACACCUCGAUCGAGGGAAUUCUCUGUGAUCGACGGCCGGAGAGCCCAAAAUUGCACGAUACUCUUGUCUAAGUUAAGACUUUCGAAUGAAGACAUCUGUAAAAUGAUUUUAGAUAUGGACCACAAAGACCAGUUACCUAAAGAUAUGUUGGAACAGCUGUUGAAGUUCACACCUAACCCAGAAGAAAAAGCUUUAUUAGAAGAACACAGAACAGAAAUAGAAAGCAUGGCUAGGGCAGAUCGAUUUUUAUAUGAAAUAAGUAGAGUCGUACAUUAUGAGCAACGAGUCAAAACUUUGCUUUACAAGAAAAAAUUUCAAGAAAGAAUAACUGACUGCAAAUCAAAAAUAAAAGCUGUCUUAGAAGGUUCCAGAGAGGUACAGCGUAGCAAGAAGUUAAAGAAGCUUCUUGAGGUGGUCCUUGCCUUCGGUAACUACAUGAACAAGGGGCAGAGAGGGAACGCUAUGGGCUUCCGUUUAGUUAGUCUUAACAAGAUUGGCGACACAAAGUCCGGUACCAACCGUAAUAUCACGUUACUACACUUCCUUAUUGAAACGUUAGAAAAAAAGUUUAAAGACAUUUUAAAGCUGGAGGAAGACAUUCCCCACGUUCGCCAAGCAGCAAAAGUGAACAUGACUGAAUUAUCCAAGGAAAUACAAGCUUUGAGGAUGGGCCUUCAAGAAAUUCAGAAGGAAAUGGAGUUUUAUCGAACACAACAAGAGCAGCAACCUGGGGACAAAUUUGUCCCCGUUAUGAGGGAAUUUAUCACCAGUGCUACAUAUAAGUUUUCAGAACUUGAGGAUGGCUAUCAGGAUAUGAAACAACGGUACGAGGAAGUGGUUCGUUUGUAUGGAGAAGAUCCAGCACAGAUGCAGCCGGAUGAGUUUUUUGCUAUAUUUGACUCGUUCUUAACUUCUUAUAAUGAGACCCGGCAAGAAUGUGAUAACAUGAAAAAGAAAAAAGAAUUUGAAGAAAGAAGAGCUCAGCAAGAACCGGAGUUCAAGAGAGAAAAAUGUGUAAAAGAUAUCACCAACAAGACGGUAAAUGACUUAAAGAAUGGUAGCAUCAGUGAAAUCCGUACGCACCAUAGGAGUUCAGAUAAAGGAGAAUUUGAUGACUUGAUAUCUGCUCUUCGAACGGGUGAUGUGUUUGGAGACGACAUAGCUAAAUUUCGCCGUAACAAGAGACGCGGAAUUGUUCAACAGUCGUCAACUCUCGGAAGAGAUGUUCUGCGGGACUCGAGCAGAGAAAGACUAUCUUCACCACUACGUACAAAGAAUGCUUAGUUCCAAGCUGGGAUACUGUAGUUGGUGUUUUGUCAAAAACGAUUCGAGGGAUUUCUGCGAACAAAGAACGCACAAAUUAACCCAUACCUCACCAUGAAAUAGUCUUCUGAUAUCAAAUCUUAUUGACGCUAGGGUUUUACAGAAAGUGAAUGAAAGGACAUACCGAUUGAUGGAACUACUAGACCAAAAUGUGCUCUUUAAAAUGUGAUGUAGGGUGUGUGUGUGUGUGUGCAAACGUUGCUUUAAAUCAGGUAAUAUAUUUGGCCAACAUAUUACAUCUCCCUAAUCACGUGCCAGUAAAUGCGCAACUAUCAGACACCCAGCUUGUUACUGUAACAUGUACAUCUGUGGUGUGAUAAUAUGUUUUAUAUUACAUAUUUCGUGUACACACUUAUCAGCUUGAUUCUGUUUGUUGUUUAGGUUAGUCAUAAACAGGUUGUAAUGUCGUGCAUCAUAGAUACUAAAGGUUUUAGCGCAAUAGAGUUAUUGUCAUUAUUAAUAAACUUCUUCACGAAGACCCAGUGAGUGCAGAUAGUUAAAUCUUUUAAAUAGGUGGACAUUUUAAAGUUAUUUUUAACAGUACCUUAGGGCACACAGAAAUGGUGAUUGAAGAAAUGUGAUGUAAGUAAAUUUUAUUUGAACCCUGAUCCAAGAUUUGUUUUAUAAGAAACUACUAGUUACCAAGUGUGGAUAUUUCAUUGAGUUUAGUUUUCGUAUUUAAACUUUAAUUAAUUUAUUUUGCAAGUUACGAGUUAUGGAAAGCUAUAAUGAAGAAAUAUACGAACGAAUCUCGGUAGAAAUAGAAGUUUUAUAGUAUUUUACUUUGUACAAUGACACUUAGUGUAACAGUACUGGCAUAGACAAGUCAGUUUGUUAGUUUCAAGCUAUCAGCGCCAGAAAUCAUAGUGAUCCUGGCAACAAGUUAGCUUAAUGCUGUUUACUUCUGAAAAUUAUAUAUCCCCCAGCAACCCAUCUUUAUAUCGACAUACCCAGCGUUAAGUAAACGUUAUUACAAAACAACACCAGAGGAGUAACAUAUUUUGCGUGUGAAUGACCAGGUGGCGUUUUCUAGUAUUUAUCUUGGACUUAAGUGUAAUAUCUUUACCGUCCUGCUUGAAUAUUCGGCAAAACUCCUGUCGUGUUUUCACUCUAUUCAGACUCAAUGGUUCUGUUUCAUCGUCUAGACUGUAAUGUGUAUCUAACUGUACCUGUUGUUUCAUAGAUCUGUUAAAAGUGUUAAAGUUAAAUUGCCAUCUCAUGAGGGUUAAGGAUUGCGAAAUGAUUUAUACAUACCAGUUUUUAGUUUAUUCUCACGUAUUUCUUGACACAGUCGUGACGUGUAAAUCAAAGCAUUGAUGAUUAUAAGGUCAUCUACUUUAUACAUUUAUAACAACGUUAUGCAUUAUUUGUUUUAAGGAAAAUGCUUAAGUACUGAGGGAACAUGGUUUUACACUAAAUUGUUAAGACCUCCCACCUUCUUAGAAAUGCGAACUUGUGUUUCAACAGUGGAAUAAUAUAGAUCACAGUUGAUUUAGGUAAUUUUCAAGAACCCGUCUUAUAAUACAUUUCUAUCCAACAUUCAUCAGUUAUAUCUUUAAGUUGUUGUCUACUUUUAUGUAUCGCUCUGUGUCUAUCCAACAAAAUUUUCUGGUAUACUAAGUACCUCUUGGUAGAUUUAACAUACUGUAAAGAAGGAAUCAUAAUUUUAAUAACAAAUAUAGCAAGGAAAAAUAAAAUAUACCAUCGAAAAAAUUAAUAGAUGGCGCUGGUAUCAUGGAACAAUGAAUUCUGUAAAUCCUAUUCGGCUAAUUGAUACUCCACAUGCCAUACAACGGGUGUUUAAGUCCAUAAAAUGAAAUGUUUCCUUAAUUAAAGAUUGUCGUCUUUCUUUUCCUAAAUGUGUGUAUGUGUGUGUGUGUGUUAUUAUGCAUGUGGCCUUCAUUCGAUAAUACUUUUUAUUCAUGAAAUACGGAAAAGUCAUAAGUAACAUUAAUUUAAAGUUGUAGGCUCUGAAUGGGCACAGCAUUAAUUAGAAGUUUAUAAAUUCCAGGGUACCUGCACAUUGGCACUCCACUAGAUAGCGAUACUGUUUUUGUUUGUUUUAAAUAUUGAAAAAUUAUGUACAAUAAUUUGGCUUGACGAAUAACAUGUACUUAAAGUAUGUUUCGUUACUCAUUGUUUUACCGUAAACCCAUCUGAUAAUACCCAAGGUUCUUGUAGCAAACCAGGAGUCAUGGAAAAUAGUGAUUAUUGUAUGUAAUAACAUUCGCUCUUUUUAUUUCAAAACACUUCCUAAAGCUAUGCAAAAGAUGUUAGUAUGAUAGUAAGUUUAAGUGGGAAAACAUUGUCACUAAAGUCUUGGAAUUAUUUUCACUAGCUAACCUUACUUCAUCCUAAAAUUUGUAGAUCUGCUUUUAUCUGUUUUGCCACAAUUAAGUAAAUAAAAAAUACAUUAAAAAGUGUCGAGUUAAGGCCAAAAUUUUGAGCUAACAACUUAUGUAGUAUCAAUAAGAUUACGGGCUGUACUUGACACUAAUUGAAAUUUCUAGUGAAUCUUCCCAUGAAAUAUUUAUGAAGACUGAAUGACCACACUAUUCAAGUACAUUAAUGAAUGCGAGAAGAAAGAUUUUUAGGCUUUUCGUUUUCAAAGAUUGUAAUUACUAGAAAAAAAUAGUUGAAUUUGCUCAAAUUAACUAUUUUCUUUAAAAUUCUAACCGCUACUUUCUGUCUUUAGAAGCUACUUUGAAAGGCUGGUGUAACAAAAGAAAAAUACUCGGAAAAAUUCAUCACCUCUCUGCAAACGUCAUGUGCCAUAUCUCUUGAAAAGCAAUUCCAAGACGGAACACAUAUUAUAUAUAAUAAUAAUAAUAAAUAUUCCUUUUAAAUGGUAACGGCAUUUAGGUCUGAUGAAUCUGAUGUAGUUUAUAAGACCAACUGUGACAUCUUGAAAAAAUAUACUGAUAGAAUAUAUAUUUUACGUAACUUUCCCUAACUUGUCGAUGUGAGUGAGGAUAUGCGUUAGGGCAGACAGAUAUAGAGUGGUCAAGCCAUUUAUUAUAAUAUGUAUUAGCUAAGAUUAUUAGUACAGUCUCUGUGAAUGAAAUGUUGACAGUCGAUAAAACACAUUGUUUAAAGAGCAGAGUGCAGUUGAAUUUCGGCCACAGUUGUGACUGAAUCCAGUUUGCAACCUAAAUAAGACAAGCUUCAUCACUGUCAGCAAUAAGAAAAUGAGAAAAUAAAUGAUUGGACAAACUUCCAGUUUGUAGAAUAUUUCUUUUGAUAUUCAUGACCAGUGUAGCGCUGUGUAAGAAUAUUACUAUUUAUGUUAAAAGUUGAAUUUUUCCAUGUCUUCAAAUGUGAUAAAACAUUAUAUUCACAAAUGAGCAUGCUUAUCUAGUCACAAAAUUGUAAUAUAAUUAGUAUUUCAUACCAGAUUUCCUGUAUCUUUUUUAAAUUAUUAUUCUGUAUUUAUAUUUUUGGCAAAGCUACUUAUGCUAUCUGCCUCGGUCUAUAAUUUUGAACUGUUGACCAGAGUGGAAGCAGCCAGUCAGCAGCACCCUACAACCCACGUUAAAGGGUUGACUGCAACUCUACUAACGUUACUCACGGCUUCAAGUGGUGAUAAGAUAUUGUGUUAUAACAAUGUUUUUAAAGUGCUGAUAAUAUACUGUGGUACAACAAUGUUUUAAAGUGCUGAUAAUAUAUUGUGGUAUAACAAUGUUUUGAACUCAACUUCACUAGUUUCGAAAUAAAAGAUUUCUACCACAGUACCAACUCGCGCCCUUUGGUUACCAUGUGAGAACUUUAAAAAAUUAACCAUUAGUAAGUUCUUUGAAUAUUGUGUAUUUCUAAUUACAUUUUAUUUUAACGUAAAAAAGUAUUUAAAGAAUUGUUUUUCACCCAAAUAAAUUGUAUAUGUGUGAAAAUACAAAGUGCUAUGUAUAUUCUUUUAUUUUCAAAAUAAUUUUGCGUAAAAUAAAGUUAUCUGUGCUAGAAAUA